AACAAGUCAUAGUCAUCAUCAUCGUCGUCGUCGUCAUCGUCGGACGAGCUCCUCGCACAGCGGCGGCGGUGGCAGCCAGCCGCGCUUUUAAUCGCCGGUUGCAUGUGGGUCACGAGUUGCAUUCGUCGCAGCUAACGAGAUAGAGAAGGUUUACCGAGCCAAGAGGAAGAAAAUGUGGAGCUCGGUCACCGCGGCUGGUACGGAAAAUGGGCCAGCACCACCUUCGAGGAGCAAGCACAGUGCCACCUUACUUGCCGGUCACGUGUACCUACUCGGCGGUCGAAAUGGAAACCUACCGCUCAAAGAUCUUUGGCGAUACAGCCUCGCGGAGAGCAAAUGGGAGGAACUGCAUCCGGGGGGUGAGAGGCCGCCGGCGCUUCAGGAGCACAGCGCGGUAGCCUACAAGGAUUGUCUCUAUGUUUUCGGAGGCGAGCUCGGCUUCUCCGCUGGCACGGAAACGCCGCUCUGGGUCUACAAUGUUAAGACGAACUCGUGGCGGAAAGUGAGGGCACAAAGGGGUUGCGCAGUGCCUCGAGGUCGCAGAGGCCACACCGCCCUGGUGCACCGUGGACAGAUGCUGAUUUACGGCGGUUACCAAGACUUACGCGGAAGCUCGCCCGAAUUGUGGGCUUUUCAUUUCGAGACCGAGUCCUGGCACUUGUUGUCGUCGAGCGAGAGCGGACCGGCGGCGCGACACAAACACUCGGCGGUACUGCACGGCGACGCGAUGUACAUCUACGGCGGCAUGACGGACCUCCAGGAGAGGAACGACUGUUGGCGAUGGGACGUCAACAGCGCCUCGUGGUCCAUGCUGAAGAACAAACCCGGGCCUGGGCCGCUGCAUGGCCACGCAGCGUGCAGACUGCCGAGCUGCAUGCUGAUCUUCGGCGGCGAGAGCGGCGGUUUGGCCACGAACGAGCUCUGGAGGUUUCAUUUCGGCACGGAAACCUGGGAGAAGCUGUCCGUGCCGGGGCCGAAACCACAACCGAGAGCCGAGAGCGUCGCUCUCGCGGUGUCUGAGCUGCUGAUUCGCGGCACCAACGUGGACAAUCCGAAACCGCGACCGCGGGGUCAAAGGCCAAGGCUCUCGAGCAACCGGAUGUCGCCGAACGAGGCGCCCGCUCGGCCGAGCUUCCUCAAGGAGAUCUCGAAGCUGUCGCAGAUCAAUCUAUCGCGACUCAGUCAUCCAACCAAAUGUAGCUACUCGGUACUGAGCGGACACGACGACAACGAGGAGAGCCCUCAGGAGGCGAACACGUAUUAUUCUUUUCAGCAAGUGGACGUCGAGGUGGUGGAACCGUCCACGGGCAUGGUAAAGUCUCGCAGUGCCAACACAUUGGCCAGGCGGAGACAGAAAGCGCCGGAGGGCACGCCGCGCUCGACGGCUGACGUCGUCGGCGGUGUCAGCAACGCCGUCGCCGCUUCUGGUAUGACCAGAGAUCCUAUAUCGGUGCCAAACUUUCGUGCUUUGACGUUACCAACACCUGUUCUCACGCCUGUAGAGGCCGCGCGAUUAGUAUUCGUAGACCCGGACGAGAACAGCGACGAGGAGCGCAAGGAGCCGCCUACGUCGAGACUGAUCGAAGUGCAGGAGGAGAGGCGAGACUUCGCAGCGGUGCAUCAAGCCUGCCAACCGACCCGCGGCGAGAGCUACAGCUCGCACCUGUACGAGGCUGCGCUACAGACGCCCAAGACCCCGACGACCACCAAGAUCCCUACUUCCGCGUCCGUCCGAUUCGCCGACCUCGAAGAAGGCGAGGAGUCGACGUCGGACUACGCGAGCAUCGAGGCAAGGAGUCCAGGUGACCCGCUCGCAGAUGACGACUGGGUAUCUGGCAGGAAGUCGAAGCCGCACCGACCCAUCGUCACCUCGUCAGCGAUACGGGAAGGCCAAUUCGGUUUCUGCAACCCGAACUACCUCGGCCUGGACGAAGCGAGGAGCCACCACCAGCAGCAGCAACAACAACAGCAACAGCAACAGCAGCAGCAGCAGCAACAGCAAGACGGCAAAUACGCCAAGCUGCUUAACAGUCCGCCCGACAGCGUGCUCGAGGACGAGCCCGGCAGAUCGGCCUCGCAGACCUUCGCCGAGCUCUUGGAGCUCCAAGAGAUCCGGAGGGUGCCGCGAGCACCCCCCAAGAGCCUGCCUCUGGGCUCGCCCUCGAGAAGAGCGGUGAGCGCCUCCAGGGCCGAGAGGCAAAGGGCGAAGGUAGCGGCGGUGGAUGUGUCCGACACGAAGACGCCCUCGUACGGGCCCGCGCCAUUGUACGUCUUUUUGGUCGGCGGUAAAGAGAAGGGUCAAGUGACGGUGUUCGCGAGACCGGUCUCCCUGUGGAAGCUACAACUGGCGCCGCAUAUCUUCUAAGGCCAUCGCGCAUUCCGUUUCAAUCGACAGUCGUCUACGCGCGUCAGUCGGCGAUAAGGGAGAGCGCGAGAUUACCGAUGAGACAGCUUCGUGCUUUUCGUUGACAAUGGGUUCGUCAUGUUCUAUAGCCCCGGCGGGAGAAGGAUUGCGACAAUUUCUUUCGUUCUUUUUCAACGACCUUCGCGACGGGUACUUGACGGGAGAAUUGCUUUCGAUAAUUCUCAGAAGAUAUAUUUUUGAAAUUUGACGCUUUCAAUCUGAGACUUUGAAACAAGAAACGUGUAAAGUUGCGAGUUUUUAGUUUGAAUAUUUUCAAUUAAUUUUCAGAAAUUCAUUUAACGUCGGAUUUUCGACUCGAACAUUUAGAAUUUUCACGUUUUUAUUGAAUAACUUGCGAGAUUCAUCCAUUAAGCGAAAGCGUAUCGCAAGACCAUUUCUCUUUCACCGGCUAUAUGUCUUGUUUUUUACCUUAGAAUCAUCGCUAUUUAUUUAAUCGUUAACGACUCCGACGAGACGUGAAUUUUUUAUGUACGUGUUCUUUGUUCCUUCGUUCAAUUUUGCGAUUGUUGACUGUUCUCUUACGUUGAAGUUUGAGUUUCGUUAUCGUUUCGCGUCGUGACCGCUUUCGUAUGUUCUCACUCUCGAGGUCGCGAGGAAUUGGAAAAAUCGAAGUAUCACGUGACACGCCGGACGUGCAGUUUUUUCCUUUUUUCUUGAGAUGUGUCAGUGUGCAAUUCAGAGGUACGCUUCGGAGAGCAGAAGCCUAUCGCGAAAGAUGGGUAGCCUCGCUCGGCAGAAUGAGAAAUAUAUAAAGGUCUUUACGUCUGAUUUAAUAAUGCGCCGUGGGUAGGUAGGUCGAUAGAUAGACAACAGAGUAUAAGCACGUAUCUAUAACGUAGACGUUAAAUUCGCGCGAAAAUUUACUCUAUCGCGCCGUUCCUCCCACCGCGUUCUCGAUUUAACAGUCGCGUUGCGAUCUAAUUCUUCAUGACGACGCAAACGCGUCGUAUCCGAGCAGCGCUGUCUCUCGACCUUUUUAUACGAAAAAGAUCGACAUUAGUUUCCUCACAUUAGUUUCGUGCAAAAGAUUCGUCGUUUGUCUCCGUUAAAUUCUGACUCGCGUAGGAAGGCGGUGAUUGUGAAAAUAAAUUGGUAAUGGCAAAUCCUCCUUUUAGGCCGACAUGUUUCUAACACGCCGAGAGUCCACGCUUGUUCCAUUCAUCAAAAUUGUCAAUUGUAAAAAAAUACCAAAAAUUAUCAGAUGGACCAUUUUCUUGUAAAACAACAAAAAAAUUAAUACCUCGAAAUUGAAUAUCACUUCGGAUUUUAUCUGACGGAUGCGACCAAGCUUUUGCACCGACCUAACAUUUUUGCCCGUAGAGAGAUCGCGUUACAAUACGUUGAAUCAUUCGCAAAGAAAUAUUCGUUGAAUCGAUACUGCUGCCGCGUGUAUAUGUGUGUAUAUGUAUGGAUGUGUGUAUAAAACGCGCGUAUUUUAAGGUGAUAGCCGUGAAACGAUACUUGCGGGUCGCGGGGUUCAUAUUGAACCCCAGCCGAUUCGAGACGCGAGUGUUUCCAACAUAAGUUUUGUAAAAACACAAUGAAUGUUUAAGCAGCAACGUACAUCAAGUCAAGAUGCCAAGGAGGCAUAUGUGUGUGUGUGUGUAUGUGUGUGUGUGUGUGUGUGCGUGCGUAUGUAUAUGUAUGUGUGCCUGUACGUAUGUAUGUAUACGUGUGUUGCAUCGAUCCUCCAUUCUACUACCGAUGAGAAAAAUGUUUUAUCGACAAACUGCCGCGUCGCAAUCCUAUUAUUUAUCACCAUAUCCGUCUUUCACUCUACGUAAUAGGCGUAACUUAUUUGUAAGAUGAUAAACCACAGACUUCCCGAUUGCCAAAGCUUCGUGUUGUUCGCGGAUAAAGCGUUAGAACCGGUUAGGAAAAUCGACUAGCUUGAUCUGCGCCCGACUGCCAUCGUGAUCAUGACAGAGAAAAAAAUAAAGAGAGACAGGGGAGAGAAUGAGAAAGAAAGAACUCGACUUACGUGCGCGUAAAAUAUAAAUUAGAGUUAACGUCGGUGCCGCAAGCUUAAGUGAAUAAUAGCGUCGAGGAUAUCGAUCGAGGAUUAACGGUCGAUUCGCGGUUGUGUCCACUUUAGAGAUUAUUAAGUGAUCGAACCGAGCGAUUCUACUAUUCUGCGCAGUAGGUAGAUUUUUAUAAAGGAAUUUUAUCGUAAUCGUACUCUCGAUACGAGAGAGAGAGAGAGAGAGAGAGAGAAAGAGAGAGAGAGAGAAAGAGAGAGAGAGAGAGAGAGAGAGAGAUUUGUGAACUGUGACCCUUUAGCACCGAACUAUCGUUCUUAUGACUGAGAUAGUUAAAGAGAACACGUCCGCGAAACCGACAGGCAAUUUACAAACGCGUAAUCAAGAUAGGCAUCAGUCUACAUCCUUUGAUAAUACCUCGACAAAUUAGUCCGGGAAAAAAAAAAAA